GAGGAAAGACCAGAAAUGAGGAAUAUAUUUUAUUUAUAUCUGAUGCUUAGUAUUGGACGUUGCUCAGAUGAACAGAUUUUUGAGACCAAGAUUGUUCGUGUUGGAAAGGAGAUAAAACUGACAUGCCCCCGUAGGGAAGUAGGAACCUUGUUUUGGAUCAAGCUUGUUUCUGGAGACUUUCCUAAAAUCUUAGGAAGGUCAUUUACCUUCCAGAGUGGUGAUCAGCGCAUUAGAACUGCAACAGAAACUGGAGCAUUUGUUCUGUAUAUUACAAAAGCUCGGCAAAGUGAUACAGGUGUUUACUUCUGUAUGAAAACAGGAAAACAAGACUUUAAAAUUUUGAGUGGAAUAUUCCUGAAAGUUGAAGGACUAGAACCAGCUUUCUCUACAGCUCCUCCAUCUGAUCCUGUCUAUGAGAAACCUACAUUCACUCUGCAGUGUUCAGUCCUCCAUGACUACCAGAAUAAAGCAUGUCCAGCAGCUGAUACUGUGUUUUGUUUGAAUGCUAAAUCGCAAAAAUUUCACUCCACUUUAAAUUACACUCAUAUAAAUGGUGGAGCUGAAUAUGAAAAGAACUUGGAUGGACUAUCAAUAAUGAAAUGCUUCUCCAGCUACUUGCGAAACUUCAGCACCUUCGAUUCUCAGACAUAUUACUGUGCCACGGCCACAUGUGUGGAGUCAUUUUCUGAAGAUACAACAAAAGUCAACAAGAACAAUACAGUUCUCUAUCUGUUAUCUGCUACUUUGGCUAUAAGUCUGAUUGUUAUAGCCUCUCUAAUUUAUUCAAUCAAGAACCUGAAGAGGCAAUCAUAUGUGGAUUGUAAUGCUGCUGUCGGUCUGCAAACAAAUGUAAUUCCAAAUGGUGAUCAGGAAAAUCUGCAGGCCUACGAGAUGAGCAUAGAGAGCUUCCUCACAGACAACCAGCCCUAUCACGUGUAG